AUGCAUCCGCCCUCAGCGUCGGCAGUUUUGCUGCCGCUUCUUGUCGCGCCCUUGCCCGGGUUGGCCAUGCUGCACUGCGAAAACGUCCUCGUCGACGGGUACAAGUUCAACCUGGAGAAGCUCAAGGGGCCGCAUUCCGUGGUGACGUCCAAGUACGAUUCGGCGACGCAUACGUACCACAACACGACGUACACCUUGGACAUUUGCGGGACCCUGAAGAAGAGCGGGAAGGCGAAGCCGACAGAGGAAUGCCCUAAUGGGUCAAGAGUCUGCGCCAUUUCACGCUUCAUCCAGGACGAUGUCGAUCGUGUCGAGACGGUCACCGCGAUCGCGGGUGCGCUGGAGAACGUGGGCGGGUCGCCGUUUAAGUACGAGGCCACGCGGCUAAACGGCAGCGACUCCAACAGCGACGCGCAAAAGAACGGCCUGCGGCUCGUGCUCAAGGGCGGCAAGCAUCCUCUGGACGGGCCCGUCAAGGAGCGUCGCGAGCAAAAGGCCAUUGUGGAGCUGCUCUGCGGCGACAACGAGGGCACGGAAGGCGAGUGGGACGGGUCCGAGGAUAAGUACUCGAAGCGUGGCCGACGCGACGACGGCAAGCACGAGGGGGGCAGCGACGACGACGGCAAAGACAAAUCCUUCCCAGAGCACCAGCUGAAGAAGAAGGAUGCCGCGCUGAUAUGGGAAAGCUACGGCCCGGAAAAGGACGGCGACGUGUUGCGACUCACCUGGCGCACCAAGUACGCCUGCGAGAAGAAGCGGGACGGAGAGGACGGCGGCGACGGCGGCGGCGACGGCGGCGGCCAUGGUGGUGACGCCAGCGCGCACUGGGGCUUCUUCACCUGGCUCGUCAUUGUCGUCUUCUUGGGCACGGCCGCCUAUCUCAUCUUCGGAUCGUGGCUCAACUACACCCGGUACGGCGCUAGAGGCUGGGACCUGGUUCCCCACGGCGACACCAUCCGCGACAUCCCGUAUCUGCUGAGGGACUGGACGAGGCGCGUGCUCAACACGGUGCAGGGCACGGGGAGCCGGGGGGGGUACAGCGCAGUCUAG